CUGUUGGGGCGUAACUAGUAUAAAGCGUCGACAGCCUACGGAAAUCUAAGCGAGCGGAAACGGUUGGCUACCCAGGGAAAGUCUCGGGGCAGGGAUAACCCUCUGCCAGCUUUAGGGCAACCUGGCAUUCAGUCCAAGAAGGUGAAACCCGCCCGGGGGCCCUGUAAUUCCGCCGUUGCGCUGCCAGUGGCGGUAUAACCAGUGAGUCUGUGGUGGCAAUGGCAGCUACAGGGCCCAUAACGAAACUCCUUAGGGAGGAGGUGCUUGUUGUAAAGUGGGUUACUGUCGGGUUAGAGCCGGGGAGUCGGCCAAGAAAAGAGUCGAAGGAUUUGCUAGCAGUGCGGGGCGGUUAUGGGCGGGCGGGAGGCGCGCUGUCGGAACGUGCUCAAAGGACGGCGCGCGAGACGCUUCAUCUGCGCUGUGGAACUGUCCUGAGCUGCUACGUUGCUGCGGAGAGUCCAUCUCCGAGGUAGACCAAGCUGCGGGACAAGACGGGUCGCUCGAGGUCUGGAAUUGCAGAUCGAGAAGUAGGUUCCGUUAGGGUGCUAGACUUCUCAACUCUGCAGGACGCCUCUCAGCGAUCAGUUGGCGCAAGCAUUUAUUAUCGUCCUUGGUUCACGAACUUUUGCAAGAAGCCGAGGAAACAAGGUCAUUGGAUAGUCACCGUAUGCUGGGUCACUGCCAACCAACUAGUGGGAGGGUCAGUGGCGAAUAUAGGAGGUAGAACCAAAAGUGAAAUUUAGUGCUAACCAUAAGAUGGCGAGUUCGUACGCGAGUUGUCCGUGUUGAGCUGUUUAGGAAGUUGUUCACCACAAUCAUUGGAC